UGCGCUCGGUAACAAACUUAAAACGGCUAUAUCAAAAUAGAGCAUACUGUAUAACAUUUCUAAUUUAUUAUAAUAGAUAACUGGAAGUUGUUCUAGGUACUUUCUGAUUUUAUUUACACGCACUACAAGCUCUAAGCGAUUAUCUAGAAAAGAGUUUUUUUUGUAUUUUUAAGUAUCAAGAUAUGCACGUUUUAUAUAUUCCAAACCUGCUACAAUCCAGGAUUUCUUGAGUAACAGAUAACAUAAAUAUCUAGACAGUGCUUAAGUAAAAUACAUAUAUAAAAGUAAAACAUAAAUGAUGGAAGUUUGUACAAAAUGUGAUGAAACCUUUGAUAAUGGGCAAUGUGAUAGCUGCAGAUCUUUUCUUUGCAUCGAUUGUGGGAACCUAACUGCAUCAGAAGUAAAAUGUAUGCAACUCAAAACGAAACGUAAGUUGAAGUUUUUUUGUGAAACCUGUGAGGAUGGUUUUUACAAAGUUUCAGCCCUUAUUAAAGAAGUUUCUGAGCUAAAACUUUCUAUUAACAAAAUACUAAAUAAGGAAAAUGAAUCUAUAUUAACCAAUUCUGUUGUAUCAUCUCAAACACCAAAUAUGGAAGUCGACAUUUCUGAAUUACACAGCCCCACAAAUAAAAAGUGUUCAGACUUGGCGGUCGGACAUAUGUAUUCUCAUGGAUUUUUUGACGCUGAUUCGGAUCCCGAGCUCACAAAUGGCCCUCCACGUCCGGAAUUGGCCCCAGGGGCCAAAAAUGCCCUCUAUAUGGCAUGAUAGGUGGAUUCCGAGAUGAGGCGUGGUUGAAGGUGCAUUCUAAAGCCAAAAUCGGGUUUUUGGUCGAAAAGUUCACGGAAAACUGGAAUUCCCCGUGCGGGCUGGGAAAAUGGCCCGGUAGGGGCUGGAAAAUCGUGUUUUGAACGUCGUAAUGGCAUCAGUGGUAUUUUUAUGUACUUUUGAAUUCUGGAAUGAAUACCGUGCUCGAAAAGUUUAUGGCCAACUGGAAUUCCCCGUUUGGGACCGGGAAAAUGGCCCCUUAAGGGCCGGAAAAUCGUGCUUCGGACGUUGCAAUCG